CCAAAUAUUGAGGUAAAUUAAUGAUUCAUAUCUUCACUUACACAGACAGCAAGAUUUGAAAAUUUAAUUAGUUUGACGUGUGACCAUAUAAAUGACGUUUAUAUAAAAAACGAUAGUACAUAAUUUAUGGAUGAAAACGGUAAAUUUAAAGAACCUUCUGACCAUUCAAAGGGUAAAGACACUGAGAAUAUCGCAGAUUUAAACGAAACAGAGAAUGAUCUGAUCACUUUAAACAUUAAAACUCAAAAGUCUAAUCAAAAAGUCACAGUUUCGCAUCUUUUAUCCAUUAAAGAGCUGAAGGCUGUUCUUUCAAACAAAUUCGAUAAAGAUAUAAGUAGACUUCAGCUAAUAUUUGCCGGUAAAAGUUUGAAAGAUCAAGAUAAUUUAAAAUUUUAUAAUAUUAAGGACGGCAGCACAGUUUAUCUUAUUAUUAAGAAUCCUCCGCAACCACCUGAAGUGCAAACCUCUUCUAAUCCGUACAGAUUAGAAAGCAACGAUUUAUUAGGAAAUUUACAUGGUUUACAUGUUGGUUCAUCCAGUCUGCCAACUCUGAAUGAUAACAUGUCCGAUAUGAAUCCAGAAUUAAUUCAGAGUCUUUUGAACAAUCCAAUGGUUUCAGGACUUGCUAGCGAUCCUGAAACCGUACGUCUUCUUUUGACUGCAAAUCCUCAAAUUCAAGAAGUUAUAAACCGUAACCCAGAAAUAAACCAUUUACUUAACAAUCGCGAGCUUCUUCAGGAAAUGUUAAACUUAGCACGCAAUCCAUCUAUGUAUCAAGAAUUACUUAGAAGCAACGAUCGUGCAUUAAGGCAGUUAGAAAACACCCCCGGUGGACUUAAUGUUUUACAACGAAUUUAUCAAGAAGUGCAGGAGCCAUUAAUUGAUGCUCUUCAAAGAAAUCCCUAUUCUCAAACAGGAAGAGAUCAAGAAAAUGAGCAAGAUACUGCAAAUCCGCAACAAGGAAAUGAAAAUAGGAUUCCUCUGCCAAAUCCAUGGAAUGAACGCGCAAGUUCUGAAACGAACCAGCCAGAAGAAAAUAAUUCUCAGCGACUUGGUUCUCUUCCUAAUAAUAAUUCGCCAAUUUUUGAACAUAUCCAUUCGUUUCUAAAUCCUGAAUUUGUCAGCACACUAGUUGAUUCAUAUCGAGAAAAUCAAGGAAUUCAUGUCAACCCCAACACCUUAAAUGCUUUUAAUUUUUCACCUAUUCCACCAAAUGCUCCAGACACGUCUCCCCUAGGAAACGUUUCUGAGAUACUUACGAAUACCAUGCCUCUUGAGGUACGAUUCAGAUCGCAGCUAGAACAGCUACAAACAAUGGGAUUUAAUAAUGUGGAAGCAAAUUUGCAAGCAUUACUCGCGUCUGGAGGUGAUAUAAAUCUAGCGAUUGAUAGAUUAAUCAAUAAUACAUAAAAUAGGAAGUAUUCUGGUUAAUGUUUGCCUCUUCUUGUUACUGAAUGAGAUACAUUUUAUUUUGCAUUUACUUUACAAUUCUUUGAAUCAAAUAUGAUUUCCAUUUGAUUUCCUGAUUUUAAUUUCCGGUAAAGGUAUUGUAAACAUCUUUUGAAUUGACUCCUUGCCAUAGAUUACU